AUGCACCUUAAUCAGUUCUCCCUCCUAGUCUUCGCGACAGGAACAGGACUGUGUGAUGCUUCUCUCCUCCGUCGAACCCCACAACCUUCACCAAUAUCUGUUGCCUCAACAACUCUUCAAACUCUCACAUCAUCGCCUCUAUCUCCAACCCUCCAACCAGAAGUUACCCCUCCACCAGGACUCAGAGUCGCCCAACUUAGCGACGUUCUCUCCCUCAUUCCUGAAUGUAACGGGCUUGUCCUCUCAGCCUCAAGCGAAGUUUCCUCAAGCUUCGCCUCCAAUGCUUCCGCCCAACUCAUUUUCCUCAGUACCUCUGCCGCAGCCAGUAUUUCCAUAGCACAAGCUAGUAUCGCCGCUGCUGAUGCUAGCGCUUCAAGUGCUAUUGCUCUGGUCCAGUCUUCCGCCUCCGCUGCAUUAAUGAGCGCAAGCGCGGAGAUAAUAAGUAUCCAAGCUAGUGCUAGUUCACAGCUCUCCGCUGCAUCCGUAUCUCUGAUUUCUGCUGCAGCAGUUGCAACAAAUAGCGCACAAACUGCGGCUUUAGCAUUGGGGGCAGCGGCUACGGAGUCUUCGUCGGCGAUUUAUUCACAGCUGGCCGAUGCGACUAUUGCAGUGCAAAUUUCGAAGGCUACGACGCUUCCUAUGACGGUUGCUGUGGUGCUUAUUAUUGGGAUAAGUAUUGCGAGUAGUGUUGUGAGUGUGCUGGUUUAUCGGUUGAUUUCGAGGAAAAGAAUGAGGGAGAGGGAGAAUCGAAUAAGGGAGGGACAGAAUGGGGAUGAGGGCUAUGGUGGCGGGAUGGAAAAGGGGAAACAGAACUACGGGAAUCCCAAUCCAGGAAUUGCAUAUAAUUACCCCGCUAGUAGCCGUCACUCCGAGCCCUCGGUCUCAACCUCCACCUCAAACCCUCUAACCAGAGCAAACAACGCCUCACGCUACGCAAAUUCUCAACCGGAACUAGGGAACACAAAUCGAGAUUACAUUGAAGGCGCCUACGAACGAGGUGACGAAGAUAACUACAGCACCCACGAUUCCAUCGACAUUGAAAAAGAAAUUGCAGAAAUGGAUUAUCAAUUGAGGAUGGCCGAAGCGGAAUUAGAGAGAAGAGAUCUGGAAAGACCAAUCAGAAUGAGUGAUAGUGGGCUAAGUAGAAGUAGUAAGAGUAUCAGCGUACUUUUCAACCCAGGGAGGGUGCCGGAAAAGGUCGAUGAUGAGAGGGGAAGGAGUGGAAGUGGAAGUGGGAAGAGCAUGAGGGGUAUGAGUAUGGGAAUUGGGGAGAGAUUAAAGAGUAUGGUCAUGCCUUCUUAUCGACAAUCGCAAUUUCCAUUCGAAUCAUCCAAAGAACAUACGAGGACCUCAGAGAGGGAAAUAGGAGACAGGGAAUCCAAGGAUGAAGAAGGAGAAGAGAUUAUUUUCACAUUGGACGAGAGACCGCCGCCAUUACCAGAGCCAAAAUCAACACAUGCAUAUAAGACUAGCGAUUCGAGUGUCAUGACGCUGAGCCCCAGUGUUUAUGAUGGUGGAAAUGGGAGUGGGAGGGGGAAAAAGGGAAAGGAAGUCCUCAGGGGAGAGGAGCAACUCGAUUCUCCGACAAUGGGCAAGGGAGAGCAACCCUUUACAUUUUCGAUUGGGAAGGCUUAUUGA